CCCAGUUGUUGCAUGCUGUCCAGGAUCAGGGGGUCUGGAAAAUGGGUUCUAUGCUGUGGUCUCUGCUCUUCUACUUGCCUGCGCUGUGCUGCCUGGCAGUGGAAGUGUACAGCUUUGGGGAUGAAGAGGAAAGGCGCUGUGACCCAAUCAGGAUCUCCAUGUGCCAGAAUCUGGGCUAUAAUGUAACCAAGAUGCCCAACCUGGUGGGACACGAGCUGCAAACUGAUGCAGAGCUUCAGCUCACCACCUUCACCCCACUCAUACAGUAUGGAUGCUCCAGCCAGCUACAGUUUUUCCUCUGUUCUGUGUAUGUUCCAAUGUGUACGGAGAAGAUCAACAUCCCCAUCGGCCCCUGUGGUGGCAUGUGCCUUUCCGUCAAGAAAAGGUGUGAGCCUGUCCUCAAGGAAUUUGGAUUUGCUUGGCCAGAAAGCUUGAACUGUAGCAAAUUUCCACCCCAGAACGACCACAAUCACAUGUGCAUGGAGGGCCCUGGUGAUGAGGAGGUACCAAUGCACAGCAAGACUUCUGUGCAGCCGGGGGAAGAGUGCAUUGCCAUGGGUCCAAACUCCGAACAGUACACCUGGGUUUCGAGGAGCAUGAGCUGCGUCUUGAAGUGCGGCUAUGACGCUGGUCUCUACAGCCGCUUGUCCAAGGAAUUCACUGACAUCUGGAUGACCGUGUGGGCCAGCUUGUGCUUUUUAUCCACUGCAUUCACAGUGCUCACUUUUUUAAUUGACUCGUCUCGUUUUUCCUAUCCUGAGAGACCUAUCAUCUUCCUGAGCAUGUGUUAUAAUAUUUAUAGCAUUGCCUAUAUUGUGAGAUUGAUUGUGGGUCGAGACAGAAUAUCCUGUGAAUUUGGGGAGGCUUCAGCACCCGUUCUCAUCCAGGAAGGGCUAAAGAACACAGGAUGUGCUAUCAUUUUCUUGCUCAUGUACUUCUUUGGAAUGGCUAGCUCCAUCUGGUGGGUGAUUUUGACACUGACCUGGUUCCUUGCAGCAGGUCUUAAGUGGGGACAUGAAGCAAUAGAAAUGCACAGCUCCUACUUCCACAUCGCUGCUUGGGCGAUUCCAGCCGUUAAGACAAUUGUCAUUUUGAUUAUGAGACUCGUUGAUGCGGACGAGCUGACCGGUCUGUGCUAUGUUGGCAACCAAAACAUCGAUGCCCUCACUGGUUUCGUAGUGGCCCCACUUUUCACUUACUUGGUGAUCGGUACUCUGUUCAUAGCAGCCGGUCUCGUGGCUUUAUUUAAAAUCAGAUCCAAUCUUCAAAAAGAUGGGACAAAGACGGACAAGUUAGAACGGUUAAUGGUGAAAAUUGGUGUCUUCUCCGUUUUGUACACUGUCCCGGCCACCUGUGUGAUUGCCUGCUACUUUUAUGAGAUCUCCAAUUGGACUGUUUUCCGAUACACGGCUGAUGACUCUAACAUUGCUGUGGAGAUGCUCAAGAUAUUCAUGUCCCUUUUGGUGGGCAUCACAUCGGGUAUGUGGAUCUGGUCUGCCAAGACGCUGCAUACGUGGCAGAAGUGUUCAAACAGAUUAGUGAACUCGGGGAAAGUGAAAAGGAAGAAAAGAGCUGAUGCCUGGGUAAAACCGGGCAAAGGGAAUGAAACUGUGGUAUAGCCAAUGGUCGCAAGCAGUCUUGUUUUUGAAAGUGAACACUGCCAUGAGUCAAGCUAACCUGCUGUUACUGCAGUCUGAAGCCUCAAACACCAUUGGUUGCCAUAAUAGACCUUUUCAAGAUGUUUGCUCUGCAGUUAAAUGGUGUGCUGGAAACAUACAUUUGGCUUCCUUUGUGUCUUGCUCUAAGAUGUAAGGGUGGAUCUAGAUGUAAAAGUGGAGGCCCUCAGGAAAAGCAGAGUGCGACUUGACCACCCAAGACAGCUCUGUGCGACUUGUUACCACUGGGCCUUUUUAAGGUCCUGUCUUUCAUAUUUCAGUGCUGCAUGAAAGCAAGUUUUCUUUCUAGGUUACAUUUGUGGUAAAGUCUUAUAACUUGUACAGGAUUGGAAGGCUACUUCCAAGACAACAGGCUAAGGGACAUGUCUACAAAGCAGUGCUAAAGUUCAGGGCACAUGUCCUAAUGUUUUGCAUCCUAGCAUCACUAAGUAAGCAUGGCCCAAAGUGUAUUUUGACAUAUUUAAAGAUACAGCUCUAUCAUACUAGUUAGAUAAAAGACAAAGAGAGCCAUUGAACACUGGAAACUAAUCAGAGUUUAUCUCUGUGGUGCCUUAUUAACUGAUAAAUGUUUUCAUUUCUUGUGUGUUAUGUUCUAACCAAGUCCCAGUUGUUGGAGUAUUACAAACCUUCGAUUAGGCAGGUGUG